CGUUAGUAAAUUUAGAUAUUGGUAUAUCAUUUCAUAUUCACGAUUUAAUCAUUCUAAAAAGUAUUUUUAAAAAGUUCGUUCUGUUAUGAUUACAUUAGUGACAAGUGACAGGGAGGAUGAGAUGACUGAUGAUGGAGCUGGAAGUCCAUGAUAAUAUAGAGGUUUCGACCAAUGCAUCUGCAGAAGCUCUUUCCUCAACAAGAUACCAGGACAUUUUGGUGGGAUGCCUUUUAGCUGUUGGUGGAAAUCUCCUUAUAAGUGUUUCAUUAAAUAUCCAGAAAUACAGUCACAUGAAAAAUGCAGAGAAUCCAGUAUCGGUCCACUACACCAGAGAUCCUUUGUGGUGGACAGGAAUAUUGCUCAUGGGUCUUGGUGAAAUUGGUAAUUUCUCAGCAUAUGGAUUUUCACCUGCAUCACUUAUAGCCCCCUUAGGAACAACAACUGUUGUAGCUAAUAUGUUUCUGGCAGCAUUGUUCCUAAAAGAGAAAAUAAAAGCUGAACACUUGUUUGGAUCUGCUUUGGCAGUUAUCGGAGCAUUUCUUCUGAUUGCCUUUUCUGCAAAAAAUGAAAGAGUAUUAAAUGGAGAUGAAAUAAAUCAAGCACUCAUUCAACUGCCAUUUGUCAUCUAUAUUUGUGUGGAACUUGUUGGGCUCGGUGUGCUUUUCUUCCUUCUAUACUACAAAGCAAUGACGAAAGUGGUGAUAUAUUUGCUUAUUUCUUCAGUUGUGGCCUCAUUCACAGUCAUAGCAGCAAAGGCAGUUUCCAGCAUGUUACAGAUUACGUUUGCUGGCAUUCCUCAGUUCUCCUAUCCCAUUCUGUACAUUAUGCUGGUAGUGAUGAUAGUUACAGCCAUUACACAGAUUAAAUAUCUUAAUGAGGCCAUGAAGAGCUUUGAUGCCACAGUGGUUGUACCAACCAAUUUUGUGUUUUUUACAAUCAGUGCAAUCACAGCAGGUAUAGUUUUCUACAAGGAGUUUUGGGGCAUGAAUGUUUUGGAAAUAUUCAUGUUUUUCAUAGGGUGCUUUUUAUCAUUCAUUGGUGUUUAUUUCAUCACACUGGGUAAAAUGUCUGCCAAUAGUGGAGAAGAAGUUCGGGAGCCUUCCUCCUCAACAGAGUACGCCCAACAAAUUUCUCCUGGUAUCUUCCCAUCAUGGCUUAUGGCAACAGUAAAUGUGGGUGAAGUUCAGCCGAAAGGGGAAGUAACUCAUCUGUCAGAUUCCGAUAGGGAACCUUUUUUUCAAUCCAAGACUGGGGCAGAAAGUUUUACAUCACAAGAUACAAUGUACAGUUCUGCAAGUUCCCCAGUCCAGACAGUAGGAGCUCAGUCUAACUAUGGAGCCACAGAACAUUGAGUCUCUACAUCAAUACCAAAGUCCAGAUGUUUACUAGUAUUAUAUCGUUGCAUUCAUGUCGUGCACAUGCAUGCACUGACUACUUAGUAAUAUAAUCUGCAUAAUAUUCAUACUUGUUUUGCAUAAGGUUUUACAUGUACAAGUUUAUAUUCAACAUAUCCAAUGGUUACAAGUAUUUUGUGUUAUGAAGUAUUAUUUUGUCAAUAUUUUGUAGGUGAAAAAUGUUCACGCUUCACAUUUUGUUAUAUUUUUUUCUUUUCUGGUUUCUAUUAUCGUCAUCAUGUAUUUCCUAUUUUGAUAUUAUCCUUCAGAAUAAUACGGUCAGUUUGAUUGUCAGGUGCAGGGAGACAAUUCAAAAUGUCUUCAUUUCAUGCAGAUGACAAGGUGACAACUGGGUUGUCUCCCUUUAGAUGACAAUAAAAUGGUGCAAGCAUGAUAGUGCUGAUACAUAAAAUAUACUAGUUAAUUAAUAUGUGAAUCGGUAAACAAGAAAUUGUAAUGGUGAUGUCAGUAUGACAUCAGAGGAGUAGGUAGAAAAACACGACAGGUUUGAAAAUGUAUAUACUCUUAAUUCUUUAAAUUCAGAUUCUUCAAGACAAUAAAACUUUUAUGGGAUGUUAAGUAGGGAGACAUCACAAAUAUUAUUAGAUCUGAGUAGGGUUAUCUCUCUCAGGUGCAGGUGUCAUUUGGUGAUAACCUGGUAAUAUGCAAUUUCUGAGUUGCCCAAUAAUUCCCUUUGUCGAACUCUUACACACAGUGAGACACAAAACAUACUAUCGUCCACACGCGGUGGGUAUAAAUGCUUAUCGCUGCCUUCAUAUAUUGCCUAAAGGCCAAUUAUCAGACAUCAUGCAACCACCCAAAUUGCAGGGACACACAAUAUUAGUAAGUUUAUUAGUAUUUAAUAAUAAAAUAGCUCAAACAAAAAUCAUUAAUCACCAUUUUCUUUGAUUAAAAUAUCACUCGUGCAGAAGAGGAAAUAUAAAAUAAUUUCAUAUUUAAUUUUAUGACAUAAUUCAAUCAAAUAUUAUUCUUGAUAUGGUCAGUUUACUGUAUACCAACAGCUGAUAUAAACAAAAUUUACACUUUCAUUACUGUUAUCCAUAUUUACAUAGCUAGUCUAUUGUAUAUGUAUACAUCUUGUACCCACCCAAGCGUUCAACAGAACAGUGAACGUACCUCUAUCGCAGAAGAGCUGAUAUCUCGGAAGUUGCGUAUUGUGAUGUGUUCCUACUAAUCGGACCAUAAUUGUAUAUAGUAUAUGAUACAGGAUACAUGUAUGCAUCAUUUUGUGUUGCAAAAGCAUUUGCUUACAACACUAGAGUAUAUUAUACAAAUUUAUCACAAAUAUACAAAUUAUUAUUGUGUAAUAUAUAUUGUAUUGGAAAUAAUUAUAGGGAAUCGGAUGGUAUUUCAUUUUAUAAUGGUUUGAGGGUUCUUUCUACCAAUUUAUUUAUUCAACCAGGAUACAUUGAAGAGGUACAAUAUUUAUCAGCAUUUGAGUUUCAUAUUACAUAAUUCAUAUCCAUAAAUUCAUCUCCAAACAAAGUUGUAAAAAUUUGUACAGUUCACAAAAUUGUCUAUGAUAAAUUAAUUGAUUCCACAGUUUCUAUGCCACUGUAAUUAGAGAUUUGGGGGCAUAAACACUAGUUUUUGCAAAAACUUUAACCUUGGCGAUAACUUUUGAAUGGUUAGUGUUAAGGCUUUCAUAUUUCACAUGUGUAUUCCUUGUAACAAGACCUUUCUUUUAAUAUCGAAAGUUUUUACCUUUGGAGUUUUACCUAAUUUUGGAAAUUUUUAACCUUGGCCAUAACUUUUUAAUGUUUAGUGAUAGGGCUUUCAUUUUUCAUAGGUGUAUUCCUUGUUGCAAAACCUCUCUUUUGGUACCAGAAUUACUUCCUGCCAUCAGUGUUUCACAAACACAUCUUGUUAACUAUGGAAUCAAACCACUUUAUAAAUUAUUAAAGAUGACAGGUUUGUUGCAUUGAUUGAAAUCGAUUUAAAUGGACUGAAUUUCAUUAAAUACUAGUUUGUAUAAAUGUUAUUAUUUUAUCACUAUUUCUUUUUUAAAAUAUAUUUUAUUUCACUUGUAUAAUGAAUGUUAAUAUUUUUGUUGCAGUUUUGAAAUCCAUAAAAGCAUUUUGUGCAAUACCCUGUAACUGGUUUACAUUUCUCUAGAUCUGGUUAAAAUAAUUUUUAUACGUAUUCUCAUCAUCUACAAUUUACGUUGAUCAACUGUAUGAAGCAAUAAAUUGAAAGUUCAUAUUGUAUUCAUGCUCAAGCCUCUAUUGUGGAGAAGUAUAUGUGUAUUUGUAAACAAGGUGUUGUGGUGCAACUGGUUUUGUGUUCAUAUACUAUUGGGAUCUCUAUAUAUUAUAUACAUAUUUUUUCUUAUUUAUGAAAAGGUACUAAUUUAUAUGUUAGAUUAUGAAGUUUUACAAAUGUAUACAUGUAAUAGAAAUAUAUAUUUCAUUUAUUGUUCAAAUCUGCCAUUUAUAAUCUUAUACAGUAUAUUUGGUUUAUACUCAUAUUUAUUGUAAAUAAUUUUCUUUCUUUUUUUUCUUCUUGUUUUUGUUUCCUUUUUUCAUCAUAAAAUGUUUGCUCAGGUUAUUUAUUUCUAUUAGUACAUUCCAUUUAUGUACUUCAGUGUAGAGAGGACUAUACGAAGUCAUGGUAUGGGCCAAACUUGGUUCCUCAAAAGUGCAGCAAAUAUUGGAAUGAAACUAGUUACAACUCAUGCGAAAAAAAAUUUGAGUUUAUAUAUUUUAAGUAUAGAUACUUGAAGAAAAUAUUUCAAGCUUUAAUUCUUAAGUUAUCCUUAUAUUGACCAUUAAUUCCUUGCUAUUUCCUGUAAUUUGAUGUUAGAAAUUAAACAUUCAUUUUCUAUUGUCCUUUUUUUUAACCAAAAACAUUAUAUUUAUUCCUUGGUUUGUUUUGUUUUAAAAACAGUGACUUCAUGCACGAUAUUGAUACUUUUGAAACAUGUACAUAUGUACAUUUAAUAACCGAACAUAAUUUAUUCAGGAAGUUAUUAUAUUGUGGGGUAAAGUUAAACAAAAAUGUUCACUUUUUCAUCAAAUUUUCAAAAAUUUUAGAAAAUCAUACGUUUAUAGCAUCACAUUUUGGAAUUGUCAACAAUUUAAAAACAAGAUGCAUAUAUAAGAAAGUACAUAUACUUGAUCUUCAUCAAGAUGAAGUAAAUUGUGCUCUAAAAACAUUUUUAUAGGUCAUUGUAAGGGGACAAACUAGGCCCAUAUCAUACCCAGUCCUUUCAUUUCUUUAUGAGGGUACUGAUAGCAGAAUGGGUUUUUUUCUUUACAAUCAGAUCAUGGAUUGCUUUGAAUGCAGUGUUGUAAGAACUAUGGGGGCUUGAGAGCCCUCCCAAUAUCCAGUUGCUAUACCCUGUAAUGUAUACAGUCCAGCCAUACUGUGUUUGUCAUAUCCAUCUUCUCUCCUUCUGUCCUGUUUUGCAUUUAGCCCAUUUUCAAAGAUAACUACAAAAGGUGCCUUCAUGAGACUUCAUACACAGAUACAUUUAUUUAGUGCAUUUCAACCCUGCUUUAAUUUUAAGACCUUGACCUUUCAUAUGACUUUUGAUGUCACGUUUGUUGAUUUUUUGUUUGACUCAUUUUCUUCAACACUGAGGGAUGCCUUCAAAUAACUGCAUUUCAGGCUUGAUUAACACAGAUGAAUAGUUUGUUUCAGGUCAGUUGUAGACAAACGUUUAGCUGCGACAUGGAUCAAACAUACACCAAUGGUGCACCUUGGGCUGCUUUGAAUGCCGAGUGUGACUUACAUUUACUGCUUUUUCUACUUUGAUAAGAUGUUUGUUAUAAGGUACAUGCUAUAAAUGUAUAGUACAUGUAUGAUCUACGUUUUAGGAUCCUAAGGAUGUAUGUUAAAUGAUUAACACUGAUUUCUAUACAACAAUAUUCAUGUCUUAUACAUGUGCAUGUUUGUAAUUGUACAUGUAGCUACUAUCAUUUGAAUUUGUUUUCCUUAAUUGGCAUGAUUCCAUGAAAAUUUUUCUAAGAUGUAAUUCAAUUUAUGUCAUGAUCUUUAUUCUCUGCUCACAUACAGUUGUAAUCUUUGGAGGGGAAUUUCUGUCCUUUGUACAUUUUUUAAAGCUCAUUGGAGACUUUCUGAUCAAAAUUUGUUACUGUCCUCAUUGUCAUUUAAUUUAUCAUGUUUUCAACUUCUUCUAUUAAGCAUAGGGCCAUGGUACAAAGCAUUCUUUGGUAAAGGGGAUUAAUGUUUGUUCAGUUCAAGGCUCAUGCCCUCUCUCAAGGGAGAUAAUUUAAAAAUAAGAUGGGAUGUUUGAAAAAUUCCAUUUCCAAGAAACUACCAGAAAGGGAGAAAGAUACAUGGAAGCCUUAUACAUUGUACAUUUAAACCAAGAUCCAUGGAUCCUUGGAUUCACAAUGCUUAUUGAAGGCCUGUAAUAAUGUAGUGACUUUACAUGUACAUGACUUAUUUUGUUGAAAGCUUCUAGACUUCAAAUAAGGUAUACAUAUAUUUAUUUUCCGUCCAUUUGUUGUGGUAUAUUGUUAUCCUACAAUGCUGUUUCUUCUGUACAAAAUUCACACAUUCUGGGCAUUUAAUGUAUUCCUGCUGUAGCCUUCUUGUUCAUAUAAUGUGCAAUAGUAAUAAAUUAUUUUGUUAGCC